CGGACUGCGAGCGAAGAGCUAUAGCACAGUCUCCAGAAUUACCAUGGACAUCCUGAUAGUUAUCAAAGCUGCAGGUUUUCUCCUUCUGGUGAUAAUUGGGAUUCCAGGAAAUGUUUUUAUUUUGCUGCAGUUCUCUUACAUUAGGCUGCUUGAGAAGAAACUUCUUCCUGCCAACAUCUUAUUGAUGACACUAGCUGUGGCAAAUCUACUUAUUAUCUUUUCCCGUAUUAUCCCACAAUCCUUGGAUGCCUUGGGUGUAGAAGAUUUACUGGAUGACCCCGAGUGUAAAUUGACCAUCCUUACUUUCAGAGUUAGUCGGGCAAUGUCUAUUUGUGUAACCAGUUUACUAAGUUGUUACCAGUGUGUCCUCAUUGCUCCAAGCACAAAGGUUUGGAUUUAUAUUAAAAAAAAGAUAACACAAAAUGUUCUGAUUAUCAUAAUAAUGUUGUGGUUCCUUAACAUCUGCAUGUAUCCUUAUAGCAUCUUGAAUUCCCGUGCCAGGAGAAACAUUACAACCUCACCAUACACUUUGCACUUGGUCUACUGUGACUUUGACUUUUUAACAUAUGUGUCAUAUAUGGUCAAUGGCUCAUUUUAUGCUCUUAGGGAUUUUAUUUUUGUAGGACUAAUGGCAAUGGCAAAUAGUUAUAUUGUGUACACAUUGCUUCGUCAUGAGAAAUCGUUGAAAGGUAUGAGGAGUUCAGACAAAUCUCAAAAAAGAACUGUUGAGCAAAAGGCAUCUAGAUCAGUCAUCUCAUUGGUUACCCUGUAUGUUUUGUUAUUUGGAUUAGAUAAUUCCAUGUGGAUUUAUACCCUGACUCUCUCUAAUGUUAGUCCUAGUACGAAUGAGAUACGGAUCUUCUUAGCAUGUUCAUAUUCAGCUUUCAGUCCUGUAGUGAUUGUCCUUACCAAUCCCAAACUUCAGAAAAACUUUGUAUGUUGUCAUUGUAAUAGAUCAAUGCCUCUGUUGUCUCAGAAUGGUUCAGAAAGCGAUGGGCAGGUUUAUUGUAUUAGCAAAUAA